AUGGCCGCUCCGGCGGCUGGCUCCGUCAUCCCGGGGUCGCCGGCGCCGGGAGGGUCGAGGAGGGCAGAACAGGCCGUCGUUAGCGCGGCGGGAAGGAGGAAGUCGCCGCCCCUGUCAACCCUCUCGGCCUUCAGCUUCAUCCCGGCCAGGCGGGAAGGGCCUCCCGAGCUCAGCUAUUUCCACCGGGAGGCCAAGACAGGAGAUCUUUCCACUUACGAUGCCAUUUUUAAAAGACCAGAGAGUUACAGCAAAAAUCUACACCGAUGCAACAGACAACAUGCAAACAGUUGUGGUCUUAACGUUAAUGAGGAGGAAAUGGCAACACCCAUUGCUGUUUUGUCAUCUUCAGAGUAUGGGAGACGCAUAAAUAAGCCUAUAGAGCAGCCGAUCCAAGAUCAUGCAAGGAUUAAUCAUGUGCAGGCAGAAUUCUACAGGAAAAAUGGCAUCACCUGCUUAUUGGAACAACCUUCUCCAAGCUUGUAUCCAUGCUAAUUCUCAUGUAUCUGUCCUUGCCAGCAACAUUUAUGUGGGAAAAGAAACAAAAAGCUUUUGCCUUUUCCUCUACAAUUCAGUUAAUGAGAAUGAUUUGGAUUAAAAAUAGGAUGAAACAGCAGCUGUACUUUUCCUCAUGCUAAUUCAAAUGUAUGUCUUCUCCUCAAACAAUAAAUAAAUCCAGCAGCAUUGAAUGAAUCACAGUAAGAACAAAGCAGGAACAAUCCCAGGAUGCUUUUUCUGAGAUCUGUAUCAAGCUUGCAUCAGUUAAGAGUGAGAAAGAAUAUCGCCAUAUUCCAGGCAGGUUAUUUUUAGUUUGGGACAGUCAGUACCAUUUACUUCUUUUAAGUAGUCUUCCUAUAUUUACAAACCAUCUGUGUUUGAAAAACUACUGGAAAUCAAAUUUGUUUGAGAACACCACCCCCUUCUGGUUGUGUGAGAAACAGGGAUCACCCGCUCCCUUCCACUGGGGAGAUUUGUAAGUCAUCAAAACCCAGUGUGAAUCUUCCUGCUUCAUUUCUUUACCUAUGUCACUCCCUUCCCUUUCAGUCCCUCCUCACUUUUGAAGGCUUUUCCUAGGUUGUUCCUCUUA